UGUAGUUUAUAAAUUUAAGGUCGUUUGUGAAGCUUUUCGGUAGCGUCAUGUGAAGAGCUAGCUUGUAAAUGCUACCGUGGUACCGUUAGUCUUUUGUUGCUGUCGAGUUUUCAUCAUUCAUACUAAGCUACAUUAAGUUAUUGAUGAUUUUCGAGGCAGCAGGUUUUCAGUAACACAUUCCAGCGUGUAAAGAUGGAGCCACUGGAGCAACUCCACCUCAGUCACGUCUUACAGACAGUGUCUGCACUGGAGUCCGUCAUCCUUCGCAGUUUUGGACCUGAAGGAGGACAGGUGUUGUUCACUAGAGACACAGGACAAGUGAUGUUGAGCCGAAGCGGAAAACGCAUCCUCACUGCACUGCAUCUGGAUCACCCACUGGCCAGGAUGGUGGUGAGGUGCGUCUGGAAGCACAGCACAAUAACGGGUGAUGGAUCCAAAACCUUUGUUCUUCUGCUUGCAUCAUUACUGCGAAUAAUUCAUGCAACAGCCACUAAGGAGCCUCAUAUGUUUCAGCCUCAUACUUCCACAAAAGCAGCAGAAGCUGCCACUGCCAGGCACUUGGCUGACAGACUGCUAGAAUUUGCGCUGACUGAGUUGGAUGAACUCAUUGUGCUGAAUGUGCUGCCACAUGGAUUCUGUGUUUCAUUAGAGAAUUUCACAGCGAAAACACAACAUAAUCUCAGUUUUCAAACUCUUCUGGUAUCGUUUUUUCACACACGCCUUGGGUAUGCGUAUUGUGACUUUUUCCGCAACCUCUUCUGUGAACUGCUCAGUCACUGGAAGGUAAAAGACGACCAACCCUCAUUCGCCAUUCAACUUUUAAAUAGCAGCUUCCCAGCACUGCAUACCCAAGUAUCAGGUGUCCCUGUCAGCUGCUCACGUUUGAUUGAAGGGCAGGUGAUUCACAGAGACUUUGCUACUCUUUGCCCCCAAGUAAGAAAGCAGCCACUCAAAGCUGUAGUUUUCAAUGGAUACCUGCAGCCGAAAUUACUCACCACACGAGAUGCACUUGAGUUGCGCUGUGGAGACAAAGUGACAGAGGACAGGGGUAUUGUGCACUUUAGCUCUUGGACAGAAAGGUCAGUGGAGAGCAUAAUUGCAACUCUGCAGAGUUUUGGUGUCUCUGUCCUUUUGUGUGCACUGAAACAGUCCUCUGCUGUCCUGGCUGCAGCAACACAGGCAGGGAUGUGCCUUGUGGAGUGUGUCAGUGAAGAAGACAUUUCUCUCUUUACCCAGCUAAGUGGGGUAACACCCAUCUCAGACUGCAGGAGGAUUCAUCCAGAGCAUAUUGCAACACUGACUUUCUGUAAACCAUUACUGCUUGGAGCCCACAGCAGGAGGAGGAGGCUGAUCGAUGAAGGCAGGCAUCCCUGCAGAUACGUUCAUUUGGACUUCCAUGAUUGUGAAGAAAGACUCAAAGUUAAACCUUGUAGCCUGGUGAUUUGUGCCCCAAGCGAAGGUCAAGCUGAUCAGCAUGCAUGUGCAUUUCAAGACGCCUUUCGAAUGCUACUGACAGCAUUGGAGCCCGUGCACAAGACUCAGACGGCUCCAAAGAAAACCAUCCCAUCAGAAAAAUGCACGUCUUCACAUGCAGACAAUAUAAGUAAUGAAACUGCAUGCAGAGUGCGUCUUCAUCAGAAAUGUGUGAUAGAGACAGGUUGUGUAAUAUCUGCUGGUGGGACAUUUGAGUUUCUGCUGCACCGUGCCCUUCAUCAAUAUGGCCACAGUUGCUCAGUUUCUGUUAACACAAGUGCAGUUUCCCAGCUCUUGGCAAACGCCCUGUUGAGCGUGCCCCAGCAGAUUUACUCUCACAACCUAAAACAUUUCCUGCAGGCACAAUCCAGGGUCAUGGCUUUAAUUCCAAAACAACCAAACACCCUCAGCACAAACCUCAUACACACUGAAGGUCCUCUUGGAAAUGGUAAACUAAACUUAUGCUCUUGUAAAAAGGGUAACAUGUCAUUAAAACUUUUGGACUGGGGCCUUGAAUCUGUCUCUUGUAAGUAUCAGCUGGUACUGGCUGUGCUGCAGUGUCUCACAAAUCUGCUCCGAAUGCACAUGGUGCUGCGGACACACACUAUAUUACACACAAAGUCCCACAAUUCCCUGAAUGCUCACUCGGAAAGCUCAGAGGAUGAGGAUGAAGACUGAAGUUGUGUUGCACUAACAGGAAACUAGAAAUGUACUUUUUGUGGCAACAUUCAGAAAAAGAACAACUAAUUUUGGAUAAAAUAAUUGCACUGUAAUUUUUUUCAAUGUGUUUUUUUCUUGAUUCUUCAUUGCAGUGUUAUCAGAAUAUAGUGCUUUUGGUCUGUGAAAAUGUAUUAUAUGUAAAUGAAAACAUAAAAGAGAAUUGUAUUUAUUGGCAAAUGGAUGAACUGAGAGGAGGUUUUGCCAAACAAAUAAAAUAAGGAGAAAAUUUUGUAAUUUCACAUUGCACAGAAUAGUGAUAUAUCAAUGUAAUUGUCUCCAUUCUAGUUUUUCUUCUGGUUUUUGUUUUUUUCCUUACACAUAAUGUGUUAUAUAUAUAAACACAUAAUAUUAAAGAUAAACAGAGUGAAUGCUGUUUUCAAACAGUAACUACUUCUUUUUGAGAGGAAAAAAAAUCUAUCCAAUCCAUCAUCACUACAUCAAAAGUAAAUCCUAAAUAAACCCAAUAAGUGAUUGUACCAAAGUUGGCAGCAACAACUGCAAUAAAUCAUUUGUGAUAGCUGGCAAGAAAUCUUUGAGGAAUAAUUUUG